AUGCCGUCACGAUCAAGGCGGGGAGGCGAUAGCCGGGCCACCGCGCGCGCGCCUUCGGCCGAAUCCAACCUUUCGUCUGUUCGCGUGUCCAGUACUGCGAAGCGGCUCAAGAAGAGCAACGGCGCGACAGGCCGUGAUCGAUCCGAAAGCCACGAUGUCAUUCAUAGCCGCCGGCCGACCCGCGGACCGAAGAAACGCUACAUCGAGUCCGAGUCGAGCGACGACGAUGACGCCGAAGGCGACGAUGAUGAGGAGGAGGACGAGGAAGAAGAGCAGAAGGAUGAGAUUCGCGUUGGCGCAAGCGAUGUCGAGAUGGACGCCGAGGGCGAAGCGGAAGACAUGGACAUCGACGCUGAAGGCGACGCAGAUGACUUGCGCGACGAGGACGCCGAAGGCGAUGUUGACAUGGACUCUGUCCCUGCAAUUACGGUGUCGAAGCCGCUAACGUCGGGAAGCACAAAGGCAAAGGCAGAAGCUGCAGCGGCCAAGGCUAAGCCUGCCAUCAACAAGCGGGUAUCUGCGGCAAGCGGCUCCGGCAGAAAGAGGGGCCGCGCAAACGAUGACGAGGACGAAGAAGAAGACGAGGAGGAAGAAGAGGACGAUGACGACGAUGACGAAGAGCUCAGCGAAACUGAAAGCGUGCCUGAAGGCGCGAUUAACGAUUCUGUCGAGGUAGCGGGCGACGAGGACGCCGAAGGUGAAGACGAUGACGAGGGCAAUGUCGAAGGCGAGACAGAGAUGGUGGCAGGUGAUGAUGAAGAGGAUGCUGAGGGCGAUGAGGAUGAUGAAGACGAAGACGACGACGACGACGACGACGACGAUGACGACGACCAGCAAGAUGCCGAGGGCGAAAGCGAGGGCGAAGACGGUGAUGGGAGCCGCGACGGAACCCCCGACCUGACCAAAAUGACGCGCCGGCAGCGUGCUCGUUUCGAGGAGACACCGCAGGAAUAUAUGAAGCUGUCGGAUGCGGAGGAACUAAGUAUGCGGCGGCAGGAGAUGGCGCGGAGACGUCGCAACCUCAGCGACAAGCGCAACGAAGAAGUCAAGGCCGAGACGAUCAACAAGCUGCUCAAGCGUCAGGCGCCAAAGACAACGAAGAAGAACGCACAGGCCGACGACGAAGAGGGUGCUGCCGAUGGAUCUGGGCGUUCCGCAGCGAUGUUCAUCCGGUGGACCAGCAACAAGCAGGGCAACCGCGUGGGUGUUAAGAAUGAGGUCUUGGACGGGCCCGCGGGAGCGCUGUUUGGCCCCCCACCGGCCGGCAGCAGGGCGGUACCGCAGAAGAUGGUCGAAGAGGUGUCAUAG